CCCUUCCCAGAUCACAGACAUCCCCACAGCAUCAACCAAAGCCAGAGGAUUUCCUUCUCCCCCAACAAAUCCCUAAACCCCUCCUCCUCGAUCCCCACCGCCUCCCCACCCAUGGCCUCGGCGAACCCGCGCGUGUUCUUCGACAUGACCAUCGGCGACGCCCCGGCGGGUCGCAUCGUGAUGGAGCUGUACGCGCACGAGGUGCCCAAGACGGCGGAGAACUUCCGGGCGCUGUGCACGGGGGAGAAGGGCGUGGGGAAGAAGGGCAAGCCGCUCCACUACAAGGGCUCCACGUUCCACCGCGUCAUCCCCGACUUCAUGUGCCAGGGCGGCGACUUCACCGACGGCAACGGCACCGGCGGCGAGUCCAUCUACGGCGCCAAGUUCGCCGACGAGAAGUUCGUGCGCAAGCACACGGGACCCGGGGUGCUCUCCAUGGCCAACGCCGGGCCCAACACCAACGGCUCCCAGUUCUUCAUCUGCACCGUGCCCUGCCCCUGGCUCGACGGCAAGCACGUCGUCUUCGGGCAGGUCGUCGAUGGCCUCGACGUCGUCAAGGCCAUCGAGAAGGUCGGGUCACGCAGCGGCACCACCGCCAAGGCCGUCAAGAUCGCAGACUGCGGCCAGCUCGUCUAGAUCUGCUGCUGCUGCUGCUGCUGCCGCCCUCCAUCCCCCGUCGUCGAGUCCUGUAUUGAUUGUAUCCCUCCGUCCCCCCUCCUCCCAUCCGCUCCCGCUUCGCGAUGAAUAAGAUGACGGUGAUCUCUGAAUCGCGUCGUGUCGAGUCGUUAAUCGUGUGCUGUGCUGGUGGUGUGUGUCUAGGGUUUUAUUAGGUGGUGGAUCUGCGAAUCCAAUGGGUGAUGGGAUGGUGUCUCCGCCUAAUUUCUGCUCGUUAUUACUACUAUGUGGUAUGCUGAUGAAUUGAUGAUGAUGCUACGAGAACUGAAUGAAAUUUGGCCUCGAAUUUGCUUGGCAAUUUCUUGUCUGUUAUCAA